GAAUUCGUGCAAGAAAGUUCGUUAGCAAAUAUUAUGUUGUUUUGCUGUGCAUAUAAAUUAAAUAGUGCUAGUGAAUUUACUAAAUAACAGCUAGUUUCAAAAGCAUCAAAAGACUGCUACAAAACUUUGUAGAUAGUGGUGUUUGUAUUUUCUUACUUGUAUUAACAAGGUAUGGAAAUUGUUGAAUCAACAACAGAGGGUAGCAAAAAACAUAUGAACGAAACGUUAACAGCGGCGUCAAUGGCAGACAGCAGCGGCAAUAGUAGUUUGACCGGUAGCGCUGGUAGCAGCGCUGCUAAUAGUUCUCUGGCUGUUACUACAACAGCGGAAACUAGAACAAAGGAUACAAAUACAGCAACAAAUUUAACAAAUUCAACUGAAAGCAAUGCUAGCAAGGAUAUUGAUAUGGAUAUAGAAGAGAUACCAUUGAAGUCCACAGCAACAACAGAUUACACCAAAGCCGAUGAACAAUGCCAACAACAGUCGGCAAAGUUGUUAUCAACACAUAAGGCGGGAAUGGUUACACAUUUGGAUGUUGAUAUACCCAUUAUAUCAUUGUCUGAUGGUGAAGAUGCUGUGGGCUCACAUCAACCAACUACUUUGCAAAAAGCUAGCCGCAAACGUAGUAGUGUCGGCGCUGCUACAGCAGAAGACGACCAGUCAUUCCGAUUGAAACGACGUAAAAUUAAAGUGGCCGGUGCGCCAAAAAUGCCCUUGACUGGUUAUGUACGUUACAUGAAUGAUCGACGCGAGAUGCUGCGUAAGGAACUGCCCUCCAAAACAGCGAUUGAGCACACCAAAAUUAUCGGCGAAGAGUGGCAAAAGAUGACGGAGGACAAAAAAGCGCCAUAUAUGAAAGCAGCAGAAAUUGAUAAGCAACGCUACCUCGCCGAAUUGCACACUUUCCUCAAAGAGCGUCCCGAUGUGCUGGCCUGCGAGCUGGCCAAAGACAAGCAAAUACGCAAAAGUCCCGGCGAGGCUGGCAAGACAGUCUUAAAGGAGAAAUCACAGUCUGUAGGCAAUAUAAAAUCGCCAAAUAAGGAAGCUAACGCCAACACAGCCGGCAGUAAAGAUAAAUCACGCCGCAGUUCGGAAAAAGACAAUUCACCGCCAGCAUUGCCACCACCAGCGACAACAUUGGAUAAUAAGCCACGCCGUAAGCGCACACCGACACCACCCACAGCAGGCGAUACACACAAUAGUCAAAGCAAAAACAGUACAUCACACACUAACAACAACAACAAUCACAAUUCCACAUCAAGUAGUAAUCACAAUAGCAAUUCAACCAGUACCACAACACCAAUAAGCACUAAUACAGCCAAUUCACUCGCAGCCGCAACAGCCGUGCCCGGCGAAAUACCGAUAUUCACCAAUGAAUUUCUGGAGCACAAUAAAGUUUUCGAUAUGGAAUUACGUACGCUACGCAAAUCGAAAGCAGAUUUGGAACAACAAAAUGCAGUAUUGGAGAAACAUGUGGAGAAUAUGAAAUUCGGUGUGGAAAAAAUGACUAACGAGAAUGACGAAUUGGCGGAAAAGAAUCGUUUACUCGAAUUAUAUUUGGAUAAAUUGAAGGCAAAGUUAGCGCAUGCGCUCUCUGGUUUGGCCAUACCAACACAGCCGAACGGUGCCACAAUGGAUAACAUCGAGAAAUAUAUGACUGAUCUCUAUAAGAUGGCUACAACAAAUACGCAUGGACCGGCGAGUCUCAAUAAAGCGAAGGAUAUUAUAAGAAAAUUAGAUUUACAGAUUAAUUUGUAACUUAGUUUAAAUUCUCAGUAAUCGGUAUUAGUUGUUGAUAUAUUUCCACUAUGUAAGAGUUAGGCUAGGUCAUUUAAUUAACUUUAGUGUAACAUUAAGUCCUAUGAGUAAUUAGCUUUAAGACACUAUUCUGUAGCUACGCUGAUUGAUAGAA